CAUAUUACGAAGAGCAACGGCCAUUAUACACUACACUUGAACAAUUACUAUGCAAAGUUAUGACGUUUGUACCACGUGCAAGUUUGCACUGACCUUCGCACUCGCCACCUUGUCCAUAUGCGAAGGCCUCSAAGUCACUAUUGCCGGAGGAACGGGCAAACUGGGCCGUUUGUUGCUGCCGAAGCUGGUCGACCAUGACGUGACUGUCUUGACAAGGAAUUCGUUUCUAGCAUCUGCGCCAAACCGAGUCACAGAGGUUUUUGGAUAUCUUGGGAAAGGCUUUUUGAAGAAGCACCCACAUGUUUCCCUCCGUGAUUGGGACGGUGGCGAUCUGUUGGACAUCGUUGGUUCCGAUUUUCUCGGCUGGCAACAAGACGCCCUGAAAAGCGCUGAUGUCGUGGUCCACAUGGUUGGUGGAUACACGGAGCAGCGAGAAAUGGCGACGGAGCGGCUGGUGAGAGAAUCAUUUGAAUUCAAUAAGAGUGCUGUUCACGUCACUGUCAAUCCCCUCGAGGAAGAAAUCACGUUUAUUUCACCUGGUAUGGUGACGCUCAAAAAGAAGCGGAUACAAAAAUGUGAAGAUAUGGUCCGGGACAAUUGUAUCAGCAGCCGGUGCCUACGAUUGGAAGCCUUCAAAGACGAAGAGGCAUGUGAAGAAAUUUUCAAGACCAUCGAAUCUCUGGUUUGAGCCGCGUGGAAGUAAAACUACGAUACUUCGUAAGAUAACGCGAAUGAGACCGAAGUGCACAACAAUUCUCCCACUCUUUUUUUGACCGAGUAAAUUGGUCACACGACGAACGUUGCAGGACAAAAUAGCUGACAUGUUCCGUUCAGAUAUAAAACUAGAGGGCGGGAAAUGAAUGUGGUAUUUUCCUUGCUUAAUGUCAGAUGGUUGGCGAUCGUAUUCAAAACUUGAAUUAACCGACAUACACAACUGAGCUCUUCAAUUUUUUUCCGAAUCGGGAUAAUCUUGUUCUACUUGUCUAUUUCUAUCGAAUCCACCGUCUAUGGAUGUAAAAUGUCCCCCGAGAACAAAAGAAAUACCGAAGU